CCCCCCCCCCGGUCCCCCGGAGGAGGCCGGCGGGGCGCGGGCCGCGGAUGUCCGUCCUGCGGCUGAGCGGCGCUCUCCGUUCCGUCCGCGGCCUCUGUAGAGCCCAGUGCAUGGACGGGGCGUCGCCCCCGGGGCCGCCGGCUCCAGCCGCGCUGGAGAACGGCUCGGGGCCCCGUGAACAGCGCCCGCCCGCCGCCCCGGAGACGACAGUCACCGAGGGCGCCGCCACGAUCGUCUUCCCCAGCGCCAAUGAGGUCUUCUACAACCCCGUGCAGGAGUUCAACCGGGACCUCACGUGUGCAGUAAUUACAGAGUUUGCUCGAAUUCAGCUUGGGGCCAAAGGAAUCCAGAUCAAGGUGCCAGGUGAGCAGGACCUGCAGAAAGUGGUUGUGGACUUGUCAGAACAAGAGGAAAAACUCAAACCAAAAGAGGGUGAAAACCUGGCUCCACAAGACCAGCCUCGAACAGCUGCCGCUGAAGAGAUCUGUGAGGAGGGCCUGCGGGUGCUGGAGGGCCUGGCAGCUUCUGGCCUCCGCUCCAUUCGGUUUGCUCGAGAGGUGCCUGGACUCCGAUCUGUGGUUGCCAAUGAUGCCUCCGCCCAGGCAGUGCAUCUCAUGCGCCAGAACAUCGAGCUCAAUAAUGUGGGCCACUUGGUACAGGCCAGCCAGGCAGAUGCCCGGAUGCUAAUGUACCAGCACCAGAGGGUGUCAGAGCGUUUUGACGUCAUUGACCUGGACCCUUACGGCAGCCCCGCCUCCUUUCUGGACGCAGCAGUGCAGGCUGUGAGCGAAGGAGGGCUGCUGUGCAUCACCUGCACGGAUAUGGCGGUCCUGGCAGGGAACAACGGCGAGACGUGCUACAGCAAGUAUGGGGCCAUGGCUCUCAAGAGCCGCGCCUGCCACGAGAUGGCGCUGCGGAUCGUGCUGCACAGCCUGGACCUCCAUGCGAACUGCUACCAGCGCUUCAUAGAACCACUGCUCAGCAUCAGCGCCGACUUCUACGUGCGCGUGUUUGUGCGUGUGUUCACCGGCCAGGCCAAGGUCAAAGCCUCCGCCAGCAAGCAGGCGCUGGUGUUCCAGUGCGUGGGCUGCGGCGCCCUCCACCUGCAGCGCCUCGGGAAAGCAUCGGAGGCCCCUGGUGGCCGGAUCAAAUUCUCGGCCGCCUGCGGUCCUCCCGUGACCCCCGAGUGCGAGCACUGUGGACAGCGACACCAGCUCGGCGGCCCCGUGUGGGCAGCGCCCAUCCACAACCUGGACUUCGUGGGCCGGGUCCUUGAGGCCGUGAGUGCGAAUCCUGGCCGCUUCCACACCUCGCAGCGGAUCCGAGGGGUCUUGAGCGUUGUCACCGAGGAACUCCCAGACGCACCCCUGUACUACACGCUGGACCAGCUCAGCUCCACCAUCCACUGCAACACGCCCAGCCUCCUGCAGCUGCGGUCAGCCCUCCUCCACGCUGGCUUCCGGGUGUCGCUCUCCCACGCCUGUAAGAACGCCGUGAAGACCGACGCCCCAGCCUCGGCUCUGUGGGACAUCAUGCGCUGCUGGGAGAAGGAGUACCCCGUGAAGCGGGAGCGGCUGUCAGAGACCAGCCCUGCCUUCCGCAUCCUCAGUGUGGAGCCCAGGCUUCAGGCCAACUUCACCAUCCGCGAAGAUGCCAACCCAAGCUCCCGCCAGCGAGGCCUCAAGCGCUUCCAGGCCAACCCAGAGGCCAACUGGGGUCCCCGGCCCCGAGCUCGGCCAGGGGGCAAGGCAGCCAGCGAAGUGCUGGAGGAGAAACGCCGGGUCCUACAGAAUAAGAGGAAAGAGCCCGCGGAGGACCCCGCGCAGAGGGCUGCCCGCCUCAAGGCGUUUCCUUGCAAGCGAUUCAAGGAGGGUGCCUGUCCACGGGGCGACCAGUGCUGCUACUCACACAUCCCCCCUGCACCCGGAACCUCUGCGGAUGCGGCCCCCCUGGACUGUCCAGAGACCCCCAACCAGUCUUCCAGUCAACCAGCGGCCCCUGCAGGACCAGGGGUAGACUGAGCCAAUAAAAA